AAAAAUGGCGAAGCCCUGGGAUGUACAACAUAAAACAGAUCAUUUCUGGACAAAAUACGCUAUCAUUUUAACCAUUUGUGUCUACGAGGCAUUUGGACUGACAUGUUUCUGCAAUCCAUGCAAGGAUUCUGACACAAAUGGCACCUGUGAAGCCCAACCUCUGGGGGAAUGUUAUGCAUCAAUGCACCUGAUUAACAAUGGAUUUGAAAAUGUUGAAGUGCUACAAUGGGGAUGUUUGGCACCUGAAGAAGGAACACUGUUGCAGUGCCAGCCCUCAGUUGUUCCAUAUAAACAUGUAGCAAAAUGCUGUAAAGACAAAGACCACUGUAAUGAGAGGUUAAACCUUACAUUCACAGAGACAGGCACAGAGCUGGAUGUCACUACAAGAUCUGACAAUGGAACAUUUAACCAAAAGAAAAGGACAGAGAGCAUCACUCAUAUAAUUCUACUCUUUUCUGUGACCCUUUGUCUCUUCAUUCUCAUUGUUGCCAUAGCAGUCAUUUGCCUACGGAAUAAAAGACAACUGUUAAAGAAGAAGCAGCUGCAGAUAGACUCUGAGCAUGAAAAUUUCAUCCCUUCACAGUCUCUACAUAGUAUGAUAGAUGAAAGCUCUGGCAGUGGUUCUGGACUUCCACUCAUAGUUCAGAGAACUAUAGCCAAACAGAUCACCCUUGUUCGGAGUAUUGGGAAAGGCAGGUUUGGUGAGGUAUGGAAAGGCAAGUGGAGGGGGGAGAAUGUGGCAGUCAAAAUAUUUUUCACCACAGAGGAACAGAGCUGGUUCAGGGAAACUGAGUUGUACCAGACAGUCUUGCUAAGGCAUGACAAUAUCCUGGGAUUCAUUGCAGCAGAUAUCAAAGGCACAGGUUCCUGGACACAACUGUACCUGAUCACAGACUACCAUGAGAACGGCUCACUGUAUGAUUACCUUCAGGCUCACGCCCUGGACACCUCAGAGAUGCUCAUCCUGGCACAUUCAGCAGCUUGUGGCAUAUCACACCUUCAUGUCGAAAUCUUUGGCACCAGAGGUAAACCAGCUAUAGCACACAGGGACAUCAAAAGUAAAAACAUUCUUGUGCGCAGAAAUGGGACCUGUUGUAUUGCUGAUCUGGGGUUGGCUGUACGAUAUGUCAGUGAAACUAACGAAGUUGACAUUGCAUCCAACACCCGGUGUGGCACCAAAAGAUACAUGGCCCCUGAGGUUUUAGAGGAGAAUCUAAACAAAAACCACUUUGACUCCUACAAGCAGGCAGACAUGUAUUCCUUUGGUCUGGUCCUGUGGGAAAUUGCCAGGCGAUGUGUUAUUGGAGGUAUUGUACAUGAGGCCCAGCUUCCCUAUUAUGAGUUUGUUCCAAAUGAUCCCAGCAUAGACGACAUGAGAAAAGUUGUUAGCAUUGAGAAAAUUCGACCAACAAUUCCAAAGCAAUGGGAAAGUGAUGAGUACCUAAAAGUGAUGUCCAGACUAAUGGGUGAGUGUUGGAACCCCAGCCCAGCGGCCAGACUGACCUGCUUAAGGAUCAAGAAAACACUGGGCAAGUUGGUGGAGGCAGUCGAAUCUACCCCAAAAUAAGUUUCUAGCAGCAGAGGUGUAGGGCCACAUGUGGCGCUGGGUGGUGUGGCCACAUAAGGGGCACGAUGGUGUGGUAUUGCAGUUUUCCACCAGCUAACCUGGAAGUGCUGAGUACUAUGUUGACCAAAUAUAGCAUUUAACUUGAACUUCUGACAGUCUUAACUGGCAAACUUUAGGUCACUCAUCAGUGUUGAAACUUUUUUAUAAAUUGAUAGAGGCUACACUAUACAGAGUUAUUUAAAACAAACUUUUAGAUGUGUUAGGAACACAUCAUUAAAAAUUUUAUUCUUCUUCAUUUUCACUCAAUAGUUUUAAUGGUAGGUGAGAAUUUCUUUCUGUAUAUUGUCCGUUCAUUUAUAUUUAAUGAAACUAAUCAAGACUCUUUUGUUAAACAUAAGCUCCCUCUUUGUCCUUGUUUUCUACACAACAGGUUUUCUAUUCUCAAAUGUUAAUGAACACUUCAAAAUAAGAUUUGGCUUGAACAAAUGUUUUUGUUAGUAUUGCAACAUAUACGUUCAACAGUUACUUUUUGGUAAAUGGCAUUUAACAAUUCCAUAGCUGGUAUUAGCUGGGAUAACAAGAAAAGCUGAACAAAUGAUUGUCUAGAAGCUGCUGGCCAGUUCUCUACCCACACAGCUGUGGGUGUCAUUAUACAAAUUACAUUGUCCAAAAGCUCAAAACAUAGCUCCAUUGCUUACUUGAUGGUUGAGAAAUGGUACUUGA